AUGAAAAUUCAUAAUGACAUAACCCUGCAUCCUUUAGGACGGUACGUGACGAAGAUCGAAUUGGAGCUGAAAGAAGCUCCUGACGACGAUGCGAUCCUCAUUGAAUCGAUGCCGUCUGAAUUGAACGUCGCCGAUGAAAUCAACACGACAUGUACGAAAGGUAUUCCGGGACCAACUGCAGUUAUAGUCAGAGCCGAAGAGGCUUUGAUAGUUAUAUUGGUCCUUCUGCUUUGGGCUGCGGCGAUCGCAUUAUUCUUUAAUCGAUGGGGAAAGAUCAGAAUGUUGGAGCCGUAUCAACCAAAAUUUCAACAACAACACAGACAGAGUUGUACUACGAUUGAACAGAAUCAGGUCCAGCUAACACAGAACCGGCGGACGUUCUCCAAAUGCAACAUACUCUGCGGAGAUUACCCGACAGAGUACGAAUUCAACUGCACUUCCGGUCAAACGCGGCCAAGGCAGAACAGCGUAUUCAUUGGCUCCAGCGCGUCCCUGCUCCCAGGCAGUCAAGGUACACCGCGUCGUACGAAAAGCGCGUUUGACCUUCAGUUCUUGAUACUGUCGGAGAACAAUGCGGCGCCAGACUCCUCUUCUUCCGGCGAGCAGGAAGCUGCGUCGAGGAGCUUCAAGCCGUUAAAUGAGUCCACGAGACUGUUGCUACGCGAACGAAAGGCCAGCGUAUGCCAGUGGGACAGAACCGAGGCGGCCAAGCCUCCCAUACGAGACCGAAGGAUGAGCAUCUGUCAGUUCGACAGAAUGGACGUUAUGGCCAGGUCGUUGCAGAGAGAUCGCGUGGGCAGUACUUACCACUUCGACAGGAUGGACGUUCUGGCCAGGCCUAAUUUGUUCCACGGUAGGUCCUUGACCAGGGAGAGACGCGUGAGUACGUGCAGCUUUCUGGAGAAGGACGAGGAGACGACGAGAGACACUCGGUUAGAACGGCGUGUGAGUAGUGGUAACGUCGAGAUGAUCGAGAAGGAGAAAGUGGAAAGUGAAAACACGGGGAAACGAGAGACCUUUGCGAAAUGCACGUCGAAAGCUGUCGGUAGCUUUUACCAAUUGGAUCAACCGUCUUGUAGUAAAAAUUCCGACACUGUGUUUGGAUAUAAGGCCACUUGCGUAUGAGAAAUUUUUAGCCACGAAUCAUUUAAUAUUUAUUUAUUUAUUUAUGGGCAAACAACAAUCUGGCAAUAAGUUACAGAGGAAGAAAUCACUAUUAUUAGAAGAUGCUCUUUAA